GUACUAUAUCUGCCGUUUCAAUCACUUGUGAGGGGACUCCUGCUAGAAAAAGGUUUUUCAUGGAUGAAGAGAUGUAUAACUUGCCCGGGCCCAUCAAAUGAAGAGCAAUAUGUCCAUACUUCCUCAACAUUAUCAGCAUCAGAAAGUGAUAGUCCUGCUAAAACUGCUGGGGUACAAGAGCAUAUGCUUGAUAAGAACAAAAGUAACAUAAGAGGCGAGAGAAGUUUAAAAAAACUUAUUGAGUAAAUAAUAUUAAAUUGACCUUGGGACGAAGACGUAGCUAUUAUGUUAUGAUUA